AUGCACCCUGAAGGCACAGGUGACCACACACUCCCAAUACAACACUGCAUUCCAACGCUUUCACACGAACAUCCUCCUCCACCCAAAUAGAUAAACGAAAUGACCGAUCUCACCCGCACGCUCCACCCGACCAAUUACCAACCCCACCACAAAGAACAGACAUUAACAAGAACCGUACACGACACGAAGCCGUCUCAUCGAUAGACGACAACCAAUCAAUAUCUACACUAUACACCAACGCAGGCACACCACCCCUGACACGAAACACGGUGUCGCUACAACACAGCCCACUGAAGAUACAGGGACAUCUCAGGGGCAGACACCAGUGA